AUGAAAUCUCUAUUUAUAAUAUUAAUAAUAUCAAUCUUUUAUAUCUCCUCUAAUAAUGCUCAAUUGACUUCAAAUUCUACAAAGUUUUAUUUUAAUGGAGAAUUUAGUUUUGAUACUUUACCAAUUACAAAGAGUCAAUUUAUUAUAACUAGUGGAAUUGCAUUUAUCACUGCUGAGAAGGGAUAUGGAGAUGAUAAACUUGGAUGGACAUUAAACUAUGAUUUGAAAGUCUCUGAUGAGAAUAAAACACUGGCAGUUAAUCGUGUAGAGAUUGGUGGAUUUGCUCAAAAGAAUUAUGAAUCUAGUUUCUAUCACCAGAUCAAUGCAUCCACUGCCUCGGUAAACACUAGUUCAGAGUUUAAAUUGAAUGUUACAGAAUCAUACAAUUCCAAUCACAUCAUUUCAAGCACCAUCAAUCGUGCUCUUGAAAAGGGUGUCAUGGAUUCAAACGACUCUCAAAUGGUCCUUGUCGUCUCCAACUAUAGAGAAUUCAAGGUCAAUGUAACUAAUAAUGGAACAACUACUCUACAAAAUAGUAAUUCUACCACUUAUUAUUCUCGUGCUCAAUUGUAUGCUGGAGAGGAUGUCGAGAGAAGUGGUGCCUUUAAAUUAGUUUCCUCAACCAUUUUACUUUUAUUAAGUAUCUUAAGUUUUUUAAUUUAA